AUGGGGACUAAUCUUCCCUAUGCGAUCGAUGCGGAAACGCCUCUUCAGCCGGCAGAGCUCGCCGUUCUGCGGGCGCAAUAUGACAAGGAGGGCGAUAUGGUCGGUGUACAGACCAAGUUCAACUAUGCCUGGGGCCUCGUCAAAUCCAGUACGCGAUCCGACCAGCAGCUGGGUGUCAUGCUCCUCUCCGAAAUAUUCCGCACAUCCCCAGAACGCCGUCGUGAAUGCCUGUACUACCUCGCCCUGGGCAACUACAAGCUCGGAAACUACGCCGAGGCGAGACGGUACAACGACUUGCUGCUUGGCAAGGAGCCCACGAACCUCCAGGCGACAAACCUGCGGUCUCUGAUCGACGACAAGGUUGCCAAGGAGGGACUGCUCGGUGCUGCCAUCAUUGGUGGUGUUGCCGUUGCCGCCAGUGUCGUCGGUGGCAUACUGAUCAGGAACAUGGGCAGGAAGAGGUAG